AUGGCCUCUGAAGUUUACUCAGAGGAACAGCUCAACUACUUCCGGGUUUGUCACAUAGCCACUGACAUACUGCCCCAGGCUUUACGAUUACUGUUCAAGCAGGAAUGGGACAAUCAUUACAAGGCAACACUUGGAGAAUGGAAGGACACGCCUCACAAUGGCCUGGACUUUAAAAACGGCGAGUCUCUAGCUAAUCAAAGAAGAAAUGCCCGAAUGUUAGCCACAAUGGUAAAUGGAGACAGGGCGCAAUGGGACUGUGCUAUGCUCUUUUAUGCCAUUCUGUUCUCUGAUUCUAUCGGACAUCGACUGAGUCCACUGAUCAAAACCAAUGUUGAUGAUCUCAGAAAGUUUCGAAAUGAAGACUUCGCUCACAUGACAGAAGGUCAGUUCUCAAGUGCAGACUUCAGAACAACUGUUGCAAAAGUGGAGACAGUAUUUCGAGCUCUUGGCCUAUCUACUGUUGAAAUCCAAACAGUAAGUAAGCAGAAAAGUUUUCCCACCGAUGAAUUGCAAAAUGUGACGACAAGUAAUCAGAAACUUACUCAAGAUCUUCAGACGAAAGUUUUGGAACUUCAAGACAAAGAUACUAAAUUGCAGGACAAAACUAAAGAGCUUCUGGAGAAAGAUAUCGAAUUUCAGGAAGAAAAAGUCAAGUUUGAAGGGAAGGAAGCGGAACUUCAAGACAGGCUAAAAACUACUGAACAACAACGCAAGGUCUUUGAAGAGCAACUACAGCGUGAAGUAGAGCCAUUUUGUGUCCUUCCACCCAGACCUCCCCAUGUGAUCGCAAGUCGCGAUUGCCACGUUGACAAAGUAACACAAAAGCUGUUCCAGUUAAGGAAGGCUAACGAGAACACUUUAAGUUAUUGUUAUAUUUCAGGCAAUCCUGGGAGUGGCAAAUCCCAGCUGGCUGGACUAGUUGCUGAGAAAUACUACAAAGAAGCCAGCAAAGAAACAAAUGCUCCGUCAUUUGUAAUGACUUGA